AAACGUCAAAACAAAGUGGACUGGGAGCCGAGAUUCGCGAAUCGCGUGUGUUGUUACGUAUCGUCCGAAAUAAUCAAGCAAUAUUUUUCUAUCUUUUUAACAUUUUACGGAAAUGAGCUGGGUGGGGAGCAUCGUGACCAGAGCCUUGAACAGCUUAUGGCAACCGCAGCUUACGUCCGUGCGUUUUCGCUACCACGCCGAUAAGGUAGCCCGAGGACGACUUGUUCGCCGGUACGGCUACAAGGAAAAGAUUCUACAAGGCGGUAUGCUGCCCCAUUUGGAUAAUGGUCAGAAACUGCCGAUGCCGGAUUACAAACCAAAGAAUGCCUGGUGUGAAAAGCGAGCACUGUUCGGCCAGAAUGACUACAUCGACAUCUUAGGGAACGAUCGGUUGCAUCCAACCAGGGUCCUCUACUCCGUUCCUUCCUGGCUGCGAGGAGUAUCGGGCAAUGAGUACCAAGUUUUGCUUCGAAAGCGUAAAAUGCUCAGUCGAACGAUUUAUCCGGUGGCACGGCCCACAAAGUGGAGAGACAUGGAGAAGAGAAUUUCCUAUCUGUACCGGUUCCUGAACAGGAAGACCAAAACUGGGCCUUCAAAUAUUUAAAUGAGAGUAGUGAAGGAUGAUUAUUUGAUGUAUUUAGUAGAGGUGAAAUAAAAGCCAAAAUAAUGUUAAACAAUA